AUGGUGAGGGAUGUGGUAAGAGACCUGCUGGAUCAGAGCUUUGCAAGGAUUUGGGAGCAGCUGAGGAAAGUGAGGCUCCUGUGCUUCUCCCUGGUCCCCCCAAUCCACCAGUCACUGUAUGGACAGCUGGCAGUGUACCUGGCAUACAGUGGAUACAGCUACAGUUGCCCUUCCUGCAAAUCCCUGCAUCCUGGUGCUGGCACCGCACCGAUACACUUUAUACUGCUGUUCAGUCGGCAGGGGAAGUUAAGGCUUCAGAAAUGGUACACGACGCUACCUGAUAAAGAGAAGAAAAAGAUAAUUCGAGAAAUUGUUCAGAUUAUUUUGUCUCGCAAUCAAAAAACAAGUAGUUUUGUUGACUGGAAAGACCUCAAGCUUGUUUACAAAAGGUAUGCUAGUUUGUAUUUCUGCUGUGCAAUAGAAGACCAGGAUAACGAGCUCCUGACACUAGAGGUCGUUCAUCGAUAUGUGGAGCUCCUGGACAGAUACUUUGGAAACGUGUGCGAGCUGGAUAUUAUCUUUAAUUUUGAAAAAGCUUAUUUUAUUCUUGAUGAGUUUAUAAUUGGUGGAGAAGUACAAGAAACUUCAAAGAAGACUGUAGUGAAAGCCAUAGAAGACUCUGACAUGCUGCAGGAGACAGUGGAAGAAUACAUGAACAAGCCUGCAUUUUGAUGUUAAACUACCUGCAGAGAAAACUGCUGUAUGCCCCUCUAAAGUGCACUUCCUGAAAUUGCUU